CGUGUCUGGAGGCGGGGGAGAUCGCCCUCAGCCUCUCCUUAGCCCCUCCCUGCCUGGCAGCCACCCGCUCUGGUUAGGUCAGGCCCCUCCCUCCCUGCCUCCCUGCCCUCUGGGUCUCAGCCUCUGGCUGGUACAGAGUACAGAUAUUGUACUGGCUCCCGGCACCGGACGGUGCUCAUUUGCAGCUUUCCGACCAAGCCCCCUCUGUCUGGCGCCCUCCUUGAUUCUGCUCCUUCUCCACGCUUUCUCUCUGAACUCUCUCGCCUCUCUCGGACUCCCCGAGCUGCCGUUCUCUCUGAGAUGUCUCGGAGCGGUCCCUGGGCUAUCUCUGGAGCCAUCCCUGGGCGGUCUCUGAGCGGUCCCUGGGCUAUCUCUGGAGACGUCCCUGGGCUAUCUUUGAGCGGUCCCGGGGCUAUCUCUGAGCGGUCCCGGGGCUAUCUCUGAGCAGUCUCUGGGCUAUCUCCGAGCGGUCCCGGGGCUAUCUCUGAGCGGUCCCGGGGCUAUCUCUGAGUGACCCCUGGGCUGUCUCUGAGCGGUCCCCGGGCUUGACCUCUGGGCUUCUCGGGAAUUCUGGCCGGGCUCUGUCUGAGUUUCUCUAAGCACUGUCGGGCUCUCCCCAAACUUUCUCCGGCUCUUUCCGGAGCGCUCGUGCUCCCGGCCCCCGCCCCCCAGCUCCACCAGACUCCUUGGCUGCGCCUCCCGGCUCCCGCGGCUCCUUCCCCGGCUUUCCGCUAGCCCGGGAGCCAGCUCUGGCGACGCUCUGCGCGCUGGGCGGGGGCAGCUCCGGGCCCUGGGGGCGGGCUCCCCCCGGCCCCAAGGCCCCCAGGCCCAUGGAGCGGGUCCCGGGGCUGGGCGCCCUGCGGCGGCGGAAGCGGCUGCUGGAGGAGGAGAAGAGCCUGGCGGGCUGGGCGCUGGCCAUGGCCGGAGCGGGGAUCGGGCUCAUGGUCCUGCACGCCGAGAUGCUGUGGUUCGGCCAGUGCCAGUGGGUUCCCUAUCUCUUCCUGGUGAAAUGCGGGAUCAGCAUCUCCACCCUCCUCCUUCUCGGGCUCAUCUUGGCCUUCCACGCUAAGGAAGUUCAGCUCUUCAUGACGGACAACGGGCUUCGCGACUGGCGGGUGGCGCUGACCGGGCGCCAGGUGGCGCAGAUGGCGCUGGAGCUGCUGGUGUGCGGCGCGCACCCGCCCCCGCUGGGGGCCUGGGACCCCCCCCCGUGCCAGGCGCCGGCGCGCCCCCGGCCGGCCUUCCUGAGCCAGGAGGAGGCGCUGCUGUCGCUGGCCAUGCUGCUGCGCCUGUACCUGGUGCCCCGCGCGGUGCUGCUGCGCAGCGGCGUGCUGCUCAACGCCUCCUACCGCAGCAUCGGCGCGCUCAACCGCGUGCGCUUCCGCCACUGGUUCGUGGCCAAGCUGUACAUGAACACGCACCCGGGCCGGCUGCUGCUGGCGCUCACGCUCGGCCUCUGGCUCACCACGGCCUGGGUGCUCUCCGUGGCCGAGAGGCAGGCCAUCAACGCCACCGGGCACCUGACAGACACCCUGUGGCUCAUCCCCAUCACCUUCCUGACCAUCGGCUACGGGGAUGUGGUUCCAGGCACCGUGUGGGGGAAGAUUGUCUGUCUUUGCACAGGGGUGAUGGGGGUGUGCUGCACGGCUCUGCUGGUGGCCGUAGUUGCCCGAAAACUGGAAUUCAAUAAAGCCGAGAAGCAUGUCCACAACUUCAUGAUGGACAUCCAGUACUCCAAAGAGAUGAGGGACUCUGCGGCGCGAGUGCUUCAGGAGGCCUGGAUGUUCUACAAACACAGCAGGAGGAAGGAGUCUGGAGCCGUCAGAAGGCACCAGCGCAAACUGCUCGCGGCCAUCCACAUAUUCCGCCAGGUCCGCUUAAAGCACCGCAAGCUCCGGGAACAAGUGAACUCCAUGGUGGACAUCUCCAAGAUGCACAUGAUCCUGUGCGACCUGCAGUCCGGCCUCAGCGCCUCCCACAGGGACCUGGAGAAGAGAAUGGACGCGCUGGGGGGGAAGCUCGACGCCCUGACGCAGCUGCUCAGCUCGGCCCUGGAAUCCAGGCAGCCCCCAGAAGCCGGGGAGGCCACCUAGUGGGGACUGUGGAAGGGGAAUCUUGGCUCCUUUGGCCCCAGGGGACAAGGCUGAAGUUAUCCCCUUUCACUUCAUCAAAAGCAUUGAAGAGGAACCCAGAUCCAGGAGUUCCUCUCUCGCCAGCUGCUGGGGGAGUCCCUGGCUGGGCCAGGGGUACCCCUAUUCACCCAAGCAAUGGAAGGGGUGGAUUUCGAAGCUGCUACAGGGCUGGGGAGUCAAGGAACCCGGGAGCUACAGACCACAGGCCUCCUCCAAGUCACACCAGCAACUAAGGAGCAGAAGGAAGAGGAGAUUCUGGGGAGGGGGAGGAGCUGGGAGCCAGGUUCUUGGAUCCCUGGAAGGACGGGGGAUGGAGUUGUGCCCUGGAGGCCCAGAUGCCUGGUCUGUGGAGCAGGAGGCUGGAUGUCCUGCUAGGGACAGGAAGCUGAGAGAACUGGUUCUUCAAGCUGCACAAGAACUGAGAAGACUGGGCACGGACAUCCCUGUCCUCAGCAGCUGCUGGACAGUAGAACAGCCAAAGGGAUCCGGUGUUAGAGGUGGAGAGAGGCCCUUGGGACGGACAAGCCUGCGGGUACCCAGAGGCCCAGAACUCCCCCUAGUGGGGACAGCCAGGGGGAAGUGGGCAGCCUGGGAUCUUGCAGGGGAGUCUGGCCUGAGCUUCCCAGCUACUCCCUCCUCCCCCACUUUGUAAUAAAAGUUAAUAUUAUAGAACAGGGAAAUGUUGUUCCUUCCUUUAAAACACUUCCAGCCUCCCGGUGCCCACCGGGGCCUCGUGCCUAAGGGCAGAGGCAGACCCAGAGAGAGGAUCCCUAGUUUCAGGCCGCCACUGCCACUGACUCACCGAGUGACUUGGAGGAGAUCCCUUGGGACCUCAGUUCCCUUCCCUGUGAGCGGAAAGGGUUGGACUCUGCAACCUCCAAGGUCCCUUCCACUGUGUGAUCCUGUGACACUUAGCAACAUUAAAACGGCCAAUUAGCUCUCAACGGAGCAUUUGAGCUCAGGCUGGACAAUGAUCAGGAUUGCACAACAUCAGCACAGGAAGGUCCUGUUGCCAUCCUCCUGCUCGCUCACAGAAACGUCAGGAAAACGAGACCGAGGGAGAGGCACCUGGCCAAGCUCACACACCAGAUGUGCCUCAGAUAUGGGAAUGCUCCCCCAUGUCCCUUCAGCUCUAUGAAAUUAUGGGGAGGGAGAGAGUUGGACAAUCACAAAGUACUAAAAAUGAGUGACUCCUGUGCAAUAUCACCAGCACAUUAUAGCCCAUUGGGAACGGGCAGGGGCCAACCAUGAUGGUCAAAUUCCCUCCCAAUGGAGACUACCAUGAAAUCAAAGUUCCUGAGAAAGGAAUGAAUGAAACAGACCACGUCCCUUCUUCCUCUGCUCUCCGGGGCCAAACUCUUCUCUACAGGUCUCCCUUCUAAUACUAAAAAACAGGGAUCACAUAAAUCUCCCCCUUCCCCAGAUGUCUCCUCUCCAAGAUAAAACUUCUCCAGUUCCGACACAAGAUUGGGAAGAGACCAUCCAGUCCAAGCCUUUCAUUUUACAGGUAAAAAAAUCUCUGAAGCUGAGAUCAAAACUCACUUUCCUGAGGUCAACCUGUCGCUGAAGGCCAGAACUGAGCUCAAGGAACAAUCACCCCACCUCAUCCCACCCCUUUGUUUUUCUUGGCCCCAAGUAACAGUUUAAGGUAUUCCAAGUAAACAUGGGCUUGCUGUUACGGAACGGUUCCUCACAAGGAACCUGGGAGUGAUGGGCUGCCUCAGAAGGGCCGGUUCUUCCUCAUUGGAGGUCUUGUCAGCAAGGCUUAAGGACUUCUUGUUAACCCGUUGGGCUGUCGCGCGGGGUGUCGGAUGUCGGCCUCCAGACUGCAUGGGGCCGACUGGAUCAGAACAAAAUGUAACUGAGAAACGUUCAGCAAAAUAAAUAAAAAUAGAGUGUGUGUUUUUCUAAGUCA